AUGACCUCCAACACAAAAGAAGGCGUCACGAUACGCAGAAUGGUCCAGGAGGACUAUGAAAAUGUGAAAUUAUUUAUGAAGAAGGAGUACUUUACGGCGGAACCCUUGUGCAAAUCCAGUGGUGAAGCCGUUCAUCUGCAAAACGAGAAGGAGAACGAUGCGAUAAACAUCUCGAUGAUCGCCCAGGGAACUUCCCUAUUGGCCCUCGAUGAGGACGACGGUGGCCGGAUUGUGGUUUUCGUCCUGGCAGGAGCCGAACUCCCCGAGGAUGUGGAUAGGAACUGCCGGAUAGCCGAGACUCUGGAGGAUAACGCUUGGGGCCGCAUCUUUGGCAUAAUCGCCAAGGCCGAACGAGAAGCCAAUAUUUUUGAGCGCUACGGCAUCUCAAAGGCUCUUUACUCCCACAUCACCUGUGUGGCCGCCUCGAUGAGGGGCAAGGGCCUGGGCUCCCGUCUGGCCGCCACUCUAAUGGACCUGGGUCGGUCCAGGGGAUUCCCCAUCAUGGUGGCCUACUGCACCAGCUUUUACUCCGCUCGCCAGAAGGAGGGCCUGGGGAUGAAGUGCAUUUAUUCCAUUGAUUACGCCGACCAUAAGGACGAUCGGGGACGAGUUAUCUUUACUCCGACAGCACCACACACAACGUUGCAAGUAAUGGCCAUAAAACUGUGA